AUGGCUGUUGCUAAAGAUGACAUUCAGCUGUUCCUUGAGGGGAUCAAGAAAUAUCACGAGCCCAAUAUUCACGGGGCUCCUGUGGACGAUCAGCGACGGGUUGGUCUCGGUCAGGGGAUAGCUGAGCUGAUAGCUGAACAUGUCAAGACGAGAAGCGUGGCGCAAGUGCGUUCUCAUGCGCAGAAGUACUUCAUCAAGCAAUGGAAACACAAAGACGGGCAGGAGGAGGUGAAGAAAGAGGAUGAAGAGAAGGAGGAGAAGGAGGAGGAGAUGUAA